UGUCUCACCCCGUGUGCUCGUUUAAGUACUACCUUUUAUUUUGAAAGUCCCACUCGUGACGUAGACGCAAUCCGGAAGUGUCAGUUUCACAAGGACAGACAGCUCGGGCUAGCUGUCUGCAGCGUGGGCAUGGCAGGGACCGCGGUGCUGAGGGCCGUCCUGACCCGGGGCCCCAGGAGACCUCUGCCCGCCUUCCCCCCGGCCGGCGCAGGGAUCUGCCCGGGCCACACACACCCGCCGGGCUCAUGUGUUCAUCCGCUGUGGAAAAGCCUUCCUGUCAGGACAGUACAGCUGUGCCCUGCUUUGUGUGCCGGACACAACAAGUGGUCAAAAGUGAAGCACAUCAAAGGACCCAAGGAUGAAGCCCGAGCCAGAAUGUUUAUGAAGUAUGGCAUGAUGAUAAGGAUAGCUGUGAAAGAGGGUGGAUCGAACCCAGACUUAAACUUGAGUCUGGCUCAUAUUUUGGAGCAGUGCAGAAGCAAGAACAUGCCAAAAGCUUCCAUAGACGCUGCCAUAAAGGGUGCGGAGAAGACCAAGGCAGGAAGCCAGCUAACAUAUGAGGCUCGGGGUCCAGGCGGAUGCACGCUGCUCAUCGAGACCCUGACUGAGAAUAACACCCGCACCCACCAGGAAAUCAAACGCCUGCUCAACAAGAACGGAGGGAUGCUGGCAGACGGCGCUCGCCAUAACUUCAACAGGAAGGGGGUGGUGAUGGUGCAGGGCCAGGACAUCACAGCAGAGCGAGCCCUUGAGCUGGCAAUCGAGGCGGGAGCCGAGGACGUCCAGCAGACCGAGGAUGAGGAGGAGCAGCCCCUCCUGCAGUUCAUCUGUGACAUGACGCACUUGAAGAAGGUGCGGACUUCACUGGAGGAGCUUGGAAUGCACAUCACCUCUGCAGGGUUGGAGUUUGUCGCCCACACUCCCGUGUUUCUGGACCAGAGCCAGAUAGAGGCAGCCUCAACCCUAAUAGAAGUCCUCAACGACUGUCCGGAUGUCUUUCGAGUCUGGGACAAUAUCCAGAGCCAGAGCUGAACACUCUGUCUGGACACUCGCUGGACAUUCAAUAUGUUAAAAAAUGGUUAAUGUCAUCAAGAAAGAAUCCACCAUCAGAUGUACUUUACAUCAGAGGGUGCUGAUACUGCUGCGGUUUGUCAUGUCGACAUGUGGAACACACACAUAUCCAGUCUGAAAACACGAGUGUCUUGGCCAUGUUGAUGUUGACUGUAUAAGAAAAGACAUGCAGGAGAAAUGAGCUUGAGAUCCUUAUUGAGAGUGACUCACAUUUCUCUACAGAAGUUAAUAACCAGCCUCUCCUGAAAACUCUGAUCUACAGAGAAACAGGGAAUGAAAUAAAAUUCCCUGCAUCUGCUCUUUUUUUGCUCUUAUAAAAGCAUUAGAAAAAUAAUUCUGUCAGCUGUAUGUGAACUACAAGUGAAAUUGUUCCACCAAAGUGAAGUUUCAUUUUGAGUGAGUGACAUGUACAGUACAGGAAGUGACAUCUACUUACCAGCAAAGAUCAGGUCAAAAUAAAGUUUAAUUUAACUUCA